CCAACCCCUCCCUCUGUCCUUCUCUUUUUACCCUCUUACUCUUUUACUUUAUGUCAUUUACAGACCACUGCUUCUGCUGCAUAUUGACAAUGCUCUCUGUCAGUUCACUCCCCAGUACUGUGCUUCUCAGCUGUCCCAGCAUGCAUCAGGAAAGCAGCUGUGUGAUGUCAGAUUCAGACCAAGUGGAAUGGGGUCUGUAUCAGACACUACAGGAAGUACUGAGAGAGAUUGGGCUUCCCAAAACCACACAUAGUGGACUUGCACCAGGUGAAUCCUACUCAGAGCUGUGUUUCUGUGUGUUGGGUUCCCCACUCCCCCAUCUCUCAUUCCUGUUAGAGGCAGGUCAGGUAAGCCCAGGUGAUUCCCUCCUAUGUCUCUCCCCUUUUUGGGUCUCUCGUGACUUCACAUCACUCAUGGUCCACAAAGCCGUGGCCUUCGACCUCGGGGGCCGCACCACCCUCCUCACCUUCAGUCCCCCCCGCCGGAUAACUUACCUGCUGACCUGCAACCCCUGGGCUGGACAGGAAGUGACGCGGGAGGUUGACUGUCCAAUGGGGGGGUCUCAGGAGCUGGAUCGUUUCUGGGGAGACAUCCUGACCACGAGGGUCCUGCUGCAGAAAGCCAAAAUCAACUGCCCUCCAACCCUGGCACUCCUCCUGCCCCUGGGACAGAACAGCAUGGGGGAGGGGCGCACAGGGGUAGUUGAGGUGGUCCUGUUGGAGACAGAGGGGUUGCAGAGGGGUACAGAUUCCGUCCGAAACAAGCUGACAACAUUCCUGGAGUCUGACGCUUUGAGACAGGCUGACAGGGUGUGUGGCAAUAACCAGAUUGGAGUAAUUUGCCAUCGGAAAGUGAUCUUGAGACGCAGUAGAGGUGGAACAGGUGACAAACUUCUUCACCUGCCCCGAGACAGCAGAGAGGAGGUGUGGAUGAAGGUGACCCAAAUACUGCCCCUCCUAAUGCCUGGAGAGGCCAUCCUGGUUGAGGCCUACUGCCCUCCACUGAAGCCUAGACCUCGAGUUGAAGAUCACACCUGGGAGCAGUACUCCAGCGAUCCUGGGAGGAGACUUGAUCUCCGUGGGGUGUUGGCUACAAGGCACUUUGAGCCCGAUUGCAGGCCCCAGGUUCCUAAUCUGUCAUUCAGGAUGUGUGCCACUGUCACCCGCUCCCCCCAAAACGUCCCCCUGCUGUACAAGUUGGAGUGUAAAGUUCGACCGAUGGGCACCCCUCCAUCUCAAUAUCACUCCAUCUCUCAGUCCUUGGAAACCACCAUGUCUGACCUUGCCUACUGUGACCCGUCCAUGACCGCCUCCCUCCGGCGCCUGGCAACUGAUACCGCCCAGGCCUGCCUCCAAGUUGUCAUGGAGACAGAGUCCAAGAUGUCACCAGAGCAACGGGGCGGGAUGUAUGCUCAGAGCGAUGUAAUAGGAGUGGACCUACUCAUCACUCUCUCUAAUUUGGUCAUCUCCCCCGUCGUUGUGGGGCUGCGCCCGUCUCCCCAGCUGAGGCCCCACUUCCUGGAAGGUGGCAUGGGUGGCUGGGAUGGCAAUGGCAGAGGUACAGGGUGGAACAGGGAGGGCUGUUUAGGUAGCCUGCUGCAUUCCCCCUUGGCCCGCUCGCAGUGCUACCUGAUGAAGGGGAAGACAGUGUUGAUCAUCGGGGCAGGAGGGUACAGCAAGACGUUUGUGUGGGAAGCAGCCACUCAGUAUGGUUUGAAGAUUAUGCUAGUUGAAUCUGAUUCCUCCCACUUCGCCUCACGCCUGGUGGAAUACUUCUUCCCCCUACCGGACCUCCCCGACCAUGGCCGAGAUGACCAGCACUGUGCGCGCAUCUGCGAGUGGGUGGAAUCGUUGAGGCUUCAACCAGACGGAUGUGUGUGUUUCUGGGAUGACUGUGUGGUGCUGGCCUCCCUGGUCUGCAAGAGCCUGGGUCUCAGGGGUGCUCCACCCGAAGCUAUCCACAUCGCCAAAGAAAAGAGCCGCACCCACCUGCACCUACUGGGGCUCCAGGAACCCACAUCCAAGAGACCAGGACCCCAUGAGGGCAGCCAGCCGGCAGACUCUGUUGCCAUAGAGACAGUGUUGGAGUUAGAGGGAGAAAGCCUGAGGGCCAUGAUGGAUUUUGACAGGAGGGAGAAGGUGGGCCUUAAGGGGGAUGCAGCGGAAAAUCAUGGCAAUGGCAACUCAGAUCACUCCUCCCCCUCGCCAGGUUCCUUCCGGCCCUGGGUACCCCACCUUUCACCCCCACCCGCUGCUUAUGGUGUGCCCUGUGCCCAUGUAGAGAAUGCCCAGGACCUGAAGGAUGCAGUGCAGCAGGAAGGGGUGAGAUUUCCCGCUAUUAUGAAGCUGGAGUACGGCGCUGGGGCAGUGGGUGUGAAGCAGGUGGGCUCACUGGAGGAAGCUGUAACACACCUGGAGAAGAUUGCGGGAGACCUACGGGAGGAGACUGAUUACCCAGGUAUUGGGCUUGGUUGGGGGAAUGCCAUGACCCUGAUGGAGUUUGUUGGCGGUACCGAGCAUGAUGUGGACCUGCUGCUCUUCGACGGCCGGCUGGAGGGCGCCUUUGUUUCAGACAAUGGCCCCACCCGAUUGCCUGCCUUCACCGAGACAGCUGCGCAGAUGCCCACGGGCCUGGCACCGGACAAGCGGGAUCAGCUGAUCUGCGCUGCCUACCACAGUUGCCUAGCCUGUGGAUUACGUGAUGGCGUCUUCAACGUGGAGCUGAAGAUGACACUUCUGGGGCCUCGCCUCCUCGAGAUCAAUGCCCGCAUGGGUGGCUUCUACCUGCGCGACUGGAUCCUCCAGCUCUAUGGCGUGGACAUCCUACUAGCUGCCUUCAUGGUAGCCUGUGGCCUGCCACCCCGCCUGCCCUCAGCCACCGGCCUCCCGCCGCAGGGCCACUACGCCGGCAUAAUGUGCGUAGUGUCACAGCACCGGCAGGCGCUGAAUACCACAGCACACCCCAAGCGCCUGCGCUGGCUCCACCAGAAGGGGGUGCUGCGGCUUAAUGAGUUGGAGGAGGAGCUUAUCUCCGGUGAGUAUGAGGAGCCCUACUGCAACAUCAGCGUGAGGGACUCCCGGGCAGAUGAUGCUCGACAACGCCUGCUGGCACUGUGCCAGGGACUCGGGCUGCACUGCCCGCCCCGCUAUGACGUGGGCUAUUUCCUGUCCCAUUUUAAAUAAGGAGCCUCCUUCCUGUUUUACUUUCAGUAAACAGCCUACUUCCUGUCCCGCCUUAAAUAGAAAGCCUAUUUCUUGUCCCACUUCAAAUAACGGGCCUAUUCCUGUCCCAGUUUAAAGGAAUACACCAACAUUUUGGGAAAUAUACCUUUUCCGACUUACCCAGACGAGAUGUUUUGUGCAUUCACUGGCUCGGUUUCCAUGUUAGCAUAAUGUGUUAGCACCUUACAGCAACUCUGAAGCUGUCUUAUUUACACAAGUGCAUUUGUGCAUCAUGUGCAUUUGAAAUACAUGUGCAGGAUUUUUUUUUUAAACAAGAGAUGAUGUUUUCAGAGAAGUUAGACUGAACACAAAUGCUUCCUUCUGUCUUCCACUGGUUGUUCAGAAGGUAUGCGGAUCACACAAAUCUUCCCCGCACAUGUAUUUCAAAUACACGAUACCUCAUGCAAAUAAGACAAAGUUGCCGUGAAGUGUAUUUCUUCACUUUGAAGGUAGGCUACUGACUCCUAUAGGCUUCAAAACUUUAUGCUAACCUAACAUGUUAUGCUAACUUGGACACCAAGCCAGUGAAUGCAGAAAAAUGAAAAUUAAAUUAAAAGUCUGGGUAAAUUGGAAAAAAGGUAUAUUUCACAAAAUGUUGUAUUCCUUCCUUCCUGUCCCACUUUAAGUAAGGGCCUACUUCCUGUCACAUUUCAAAGGGAAAUUCCAGCAUAUAGAAUACCGGAGGUAAGAGUGGGGCAGAGGAGAUACAUAUGUGAGCUGAUAUGGAUAUUCUAUGCAUUACAAUAAAUUAUUUGA